UUAGAAUUUUAACGGGAAAGGUAUUUUCGUAGCUCCAAAAAUAAUAAAAAAUUUUAGUGCGUGUUUAGAUUUGAAAUAAAAGCAAAUAAAUUAAAUAAGACGUAUACAUUUUCACUAUUUAUAUCAUGGCAUUUCGAUUAGUUUCUGCAAAUUCACCAGUACGUUCACUUUUCAAAGCAAUUCCCAAGGUAUCAUCAGAAAACGUGGGAUCGAUACGUCACUUCAAGUGCAAUUGUGAUCCUUCGGUGCCAUUCCUAGAAAAGCCAAGCUGUGUUUUCUCAAAGAGCGCACUUUUACAUCACUGGGGGGCGAUUCCAAUAAUUAUUUUUACCGUCAUUGGGUUUUCCCUUGAAGUGCUGUAUACGAUACGUUUGGCAUUCACCCGUGAUGAUGUGUGGUACACCAAGGGCCCCGCGGCAUGCGAGGUAGUGGAAACACGUAGGGGCUAUCCUCCCCCCAUACGCAAGAUGUUGGUGUAUAAUCAAAAAUAUGAAAAUGAUGAAAAACUACUAGAGGCAUUACAGGGCAAUACCUCUGGUCCAGAGGAAAAAAAAGAUGAGAAAAACUAUACCUUACGGUCUGUUGCCGCCCAUUCGGCCAUAACUUUGGGUGCACUCGCCCUAAUUAUGAUGUAACACUGCAUACCAGUGUAAUUGUAAAGUUAUGGGAAGAUAUGCCUACAACAGAGCUUGUUCUAUGUAUUUACAGUCGAAGAUGGGGAAAAAAAAAGAAGAAUUAAGCUUAAGCUUGAAGUAAGCAGUGUUGUGGCUUUCGGAGGAUCACAAUUUGAUACGUUCUUUACUAUUGGUUUGCUGGGUCCUUUUCUACGGCAUCGAUGACUCCUGAUACAGAUUCAGAUUAUCACUAGUUAUAAAAAAACUUCUCAAUUACUAUAUUUAUGUUAAAAUUAGUACAAGGUCUACUACAGAUACUACAGAUACUACAGAUACAGUAUCCAAAUGAUAAUAAAAUUUCUGCGGAACAUAUUUCAUAGCAUUGCAAUGCAUUGGUUUAAAAAUAUUAAACGUACACUGUAAAGCGACUUACGAACAAACAGCAAUUAAAUUGUUACAGGUAAUGUGGAACUUCUGUAGAUGCUCAGUUUUUUUGCAAUUACACUCUUGGUACUCAAUUUAAUAGAUAAAGAUAACAACAAAUAAAAAUUCAUUGUGAAACAAGCACGGACUGAAGCUGGGCGCAACGCUCAUACGUUAUUAAAAUCAUUCUCACUUUUAGUGUAACGAAUUGCUGGGUUCUUGUCUUGGCCAUUCGGAGUUAACAUGGUAGCCAAGACACAACCCGGAAUCAAUUGCGCGGUAAAUUUGAAUAAAGAAUAAUUUUCAAAUCAAA